AGAAGGAGAAAGAGAGGCCAGCCAGGAACACAUGGAAACAGAAAAAGAGAGAAGGAAGGACUGGGCUGAGGAGCUAUCCUCUUUAUAGGCUGCGGUUGCAGUUGGCAGGCUAUGUCAGCAGGUAAUGAUGCAAGCUGUUGCUAGGGCGCUGGUGGGAGGAGCCUAGCGGAACUGUCUAUAAACCAACAAUGUCAAGAACAGAAACACCUGCAGGCCUCCGCUGCCAGCAGGUUGGGCACCUGAUGCUAGGUAUCCCAGCAGCAGCUUGAUGUGUGUGUCCUGUGCAGGCUGACAGCUCAUACCCAGGGACCAAAGAGCAGCCAGUAGGUGAUGUGUGUGGCAUACCAGCCAGGUCCAGAACACCAGGUCCGGGCCCACCCACACCUACAUGAGGCUGUCAUCCAGCCGCACAGCAGGAGAGCCACCUCCUGCAGCUCCCAGUCACUGCUGCUGGCACUGUCAGGAGGCACUUCCUGUAGCAGCUGCACCAUGAUGCCCCUAGUUGGCCGCGGUGUUACUCCAUGCUGUCAAGGAGCAUGGGGCUCAGCAAACCCUGCCGUCCAGAAGGGGUCAUGGAAGGUACCCAGUAGGCACAGCAUGUGAUCCAGAGUGGGCACAUAGCAUUAGUCUCCAGGGCCCUGUGACAAACUGUAAGGCAUUGGAAGACCAGCUGUGGAUCAGCCUUAAGUCCUCAUCUUGUUUAUUCCAGGCUCCAGCUCUCAGGCCAAGUUGUCCUUGUUCUCUGUAUCAAGCAUGGGGUUAGGGUGGGGUGGGGGUUCAGGAUGGAGGCUGGCAGGAGCAAGGGGAUGAGGGGGUGGUAAAGACACCUUGAGGCUCCAGCCAUUAUGGUCCUGAUCCAUAACCAGACUCUCUGACUGACACACUUCCCUUCUCUCCUUCACAAUUGUAUCAGCCCAACCCUGCUGCUUCUAAGAACCCCCUACACUGGUACUUUGGAGCCCAACCCCAGCAUGGAAGGAGGGGUUCCAAGGGGUGGGAAGAGGUCAUGGAGUCCAUCUGAGUCUGGGAUUCAGGUAUGGAUAUGUGGAUCCCCACUUCUGGAAGUAAGUUUACUGCAUAGACACCCAUGAUUUUAAAAAAUUCACAUUAAGUCUAGAGACCUACAAAUGCCCUGUCCAGGGAUCUGAAGAGCCUGGCUUUCUGAUCAUCUGCUCCAAAGGUUCUGAAGUUCAACUUUGUGGUCUGGGUCUGAUUUCCUAAUCACUUCAAUCCAGUGAGUCUCUGGGGGAUGGGGCUUGGUGACACUAGAGAGGCCCCUGAAACACUGGGAACCGCAUAGGGGCUUCCCACAGGACUGAUCUUGAAGAGCGUUCCCUAGAUCUUCCAGUCCUGACUCUAUGGAACACUCUUCUCUGAUGUACCCUCCACUUUCAGUUCUAGAAGGAUUCUUUACCCUUCUCAACCCUUGAUACGGUUGCCCAAUAUCCAAUCUCUUGGUUGCCAAGUUUACUGCCCCUUCCUCCCCAAGUGGCAGCUGCUCUACCCCUGGAAGCUUUUGGCCACAGACCACUCCCCCAAAGGUUCAUGCCAACCAUUCAGCAACAUGUCCUAGCCUGGUUUGUGCCUGGGCAAGAGGCUCUCAGGUGAACUAAAUGUACGUCCUCUUCUUUUCACCUCAACCUUAACAAACUUGUUACAAAAUGGAAAGGCACAGGUCAUGUUCUCCCUCCGGAACCUUCUCUAGGGCCCCCGUGGCUUUCAGGCUAAACCAAGGCCCGGUUUCCAGUAGAUGAAGCUCUCUGAAACCAGCUUAGGGAAUGAAACGGGUCUUUGGGGAUUCACAGAAACUGAAGCUUGGGUUCAUACCCGAAGUCCACAACAAAGAGCUUUUGGUCCUGGUUUCCCAGCCUCGGAAACUCGGAAACUCCGUUUAAAAGUAGAAAUCCUGGGGUUGGGGAUUUAGCUCAGUGGUAGAGCGCUUGCCUAGGAAGCGCAAGGCCCUGGGUUCGGUCCCCAGCUCCGAAAAAAGAACCAAAAAAAAAAAAAAAAAAGUAGAAAUCCUUUCUGAGCUUAGAUCAGAGUUCUACUUAGAGCCAGAGAAGCUCGGCACUAGGGGGAGGAGUCACAGGCCACAGAAGGUGGGAGGUGCCAGGAAUGGGCUGAGCCCUGGGCAUCAUGGGGUUAACCACGAAGCCAAUCUCAUAGAGCGGAGAUCAGUGGGUUACUGCCCGUGAAAGCGAGAAUGAGGUAGCGACAACGCAGACAGGCAGAAAAGAGCCGGGCUGAAGAGCAUGCCACCCCGGGGAAAUCGGGGUCUGAGGAGGAGGUGGCCGGUCCACUCCGGAGCAGUAGGAGCAGUAGCGAGUGCCCACAUCCAACUCAGGGGACUGCUGAGGGCAGGGGAGAGGAGAGGAGGGGCCUUGAAGAUGAAGAGAGACAAAUAGGAAGCAGAGGUGUACCUGCAUGGAGGCGACCAAGGGCUGAAUCAAGAAGCUCCAGCCUAGGCGUUCUACCCGGAAGAAUGCAGGGGCCCAGUACCUAGGACUGAGGUGGGUUCCGCCUAUGCUGGGCUUGGGGGUCUGCUGCAUGCUGGUGCUGUGUAGGGGCAGAUGUCCCCCUUCUUCCUUCCUCCCUGCCUCAUCCCCUGCUCCUAAGUCAUUCCAUUGCUGCACUGGUCCUAGAGUACCAGGGGAUCCACAGGUUAGAAACUGUGGGGAUGAAACCCAGCAAUGUGGAACCCAGACACAUGCACUGGGACAUAUGUGAGCAGUUGGGAACCACCUGUUGCAGUCUUUCAGAUGCGCAUUCCAGCCUAGGAGUCAGGAUCAUGGCAGCCCGAGAUCUGUCACUCAUGUGUGAUAUUAGCCACUCGUGUCACCUCUCUAGGCCUCAGUUUCCCUAUGUGCAGCGUGGAGGCAGUGACUCCUGCAGUCUUCCUGGCUCUGCUGCUGUAGUACUUUCUACUCUCGUAAGGAAGGACUCUCCAAUGACUCAGGGGUGUCACUGGUGCGACCUGUCACCCCAAAAAUGCCCCUAAAUGCAAAGGUCUCUUCUGAGCUUCCAACGUGGUUGGGAAAAAAAAAACACACACACAGCCAGAGUUUAUGUUGCGUCUCACUAGUUGCAGCUUUUUCGUCUUAUUCUGCCUGUGUCUUCAUGUGCCUUAUAAAUCCAGAACAACCCGAACACACACACACACACACACACACACACACACACACACACACACACACACACACACGUCACUGUGGCAGGUUCUUGCUCAAACGCUGACUUUGGUUUUGCUCUACCCUCUUCUAUCCAUCAUGAACUUCUAGCCCAGAUACCUGGUCAGAUCCAGGCUGGAGGAACCAGGUCCCUGGGUCGAGUGCCUGGAGACCUGGCCUCCUGUCUAAAGACCCAUUUUUCUCUCCCUCCUCUGAUAGGAAGAUGGCUGACAUCCAGAACAUUUCGCUGGACAGCCCAGGGAGCGUAGGGGCUGUGGCAGUGCCUGUGAUCUUUGCCCUCAUCUUCCUGUUGGGCAUGGUGGGCAAUGGGCUGGUGUUGGCUGUGCUACUGCAGCCUGGCCCAAGUGCCUGGCAGGAGCCAAGCAGUACCACAGAUCUCUUCAUCCUCAACUUGGCCGUGGCCGACCUUUGCUUCAUCCUGUGCUGCGUGCCCUUCCAGGCAGCCAUCUACACACUGGAUGCCUGGCUCUUUGGGGCUUUCGUGUGCAAGACGGUACAUCUGCUCAUCUACCUCACCAUGUAUGCCAGCAGCUUCACCCUGGCGGCCGUCUCCCUGGACAGGUACCUGGCUGUGCGGCACCCACUGCGCUCCAGAGCCCUGCGCACCCCGCGCAACGCGCGCGCCGCCGUGGGGCUCGUGUGGCUGCUGGCGGCUCUCUUUUCCGCGCCCUACCUAAGCUACUACGGCACGGUGCGCUACGGCGCGCUCGAGCUCUGCGUGCCCGCUUGGGAGGACGCGCGGCGGCGCGCGCUGGACGUGGCCACCUUCGCCGCGGGCUACCUGCUGCCGGUGGCCGUGGUGAGCCUGGCCUACGGACGCACGCUAUGUUUCCUAUGGGCCGCCGUGGGUCCCGCGGGCGCGGCGGCAGCAGAGGCGCGCAGACGGGCGACCGGCCGGGCGGGACGCGCCAUGCUGGCAGUGGCCGCGCUCUACGCGCUUUGCUGGGGCCCGCACCACGCGCUCAUCCUCUGCUUCUGGUACGGCCGCUUCGCCUUCAGCCCGGCCACCUACGCCUGUCGCCUGGCCUCGCACUGCCUCGCCUACGCCAACUCCUGCCUUAACCCGCUCGUCUACUCGCUCGCCUCGCGCCACUUCCGCGCGCGCUUCCGCCGCCUGUGGCCCUGCGGCCGUCGCCGCCACCGCCACCACCACCGCGCUCAUCGAGCCCUCCGUCGUGUCCAGCCGGCGUCUUCGGGCCCCGCCGGUUAUCCCGGCGACGCCAGGCCUCGUGGUUGGAGUAUGGAGCCCAGAGGGGAUGCUCUGCGUGGUGGUGGAGAGACUAGACUAACCCUGUCCCCCAGGGGACCUCAAUAACCCUGCCCGCUUGGACUCUGACGUCUGUCAGAAUGCCACCAAGGAACAUCUAGGGAACGGCAGUCUCGCCAGGCUCCACCAAAAAGCAGAGGCAAAGUUGCAGGGACACAUAGGUGAUUAAAAUUGGUCCACCCAACUAGACACGGUCCCAAAGCAGGCAGCCUCAGCCCUAUCCAGAGCCAGUCUGGCAGGACAACAGCCCAUUCGCCUGGCGGUACCUUCCAAGCCCAGUUUGUUCUAUCACCUCUGACUAGACCCUUUUGGUCCCAAGCUCUGAACUAACUUAAGUAAUUCUGGGAAGAAGCAGCGGAGACUAAUAGUCCAGGCUGAUCUAGAACUGGCUAUUAUAGCCAAGGACGACCUUGAAUUUCUGAUCCUCCAGUUUAUAUGACCCAAGUGCUGGGAUGAUGAGUGCCCCAGACUCCUAGCUGGUUCAAGCAGGGAAUAACAAAUAUCCCUUUAGCUCUUACUGUGUACCUCGCAGAAUGCUAAGUUCCUUAGUAAUCAAGGCGUUAAGGUAGAUAUGGUUAGCUUUCUUUUACACGCAUAGAAAUCAAGGGUCAGAGCAGUCACCUUGGGAAUGUUUGGUAGAGGCUGGAUCUAAAUCUAUGACUGUCUAACAGAUUUAUGCUCCGUGGCUGGCCUUUUUUUGUACCUUGAAGUUUCUUUGGUUUCCAUUGGUUUAUUUUUUUAAGCAUUCAUUUUUUUUUCCUAAAGAUUUAUUUAUUUAGUAUAUGUAAGUACACUGUAGCUGUCUUCAGACACACCAGAAGAGGGCAUCAGAUCUCAUUACAGAUGGUUGUGAGCCACCAUGUGGUUGCUGGGAAUUGAACUCAGGACCUCUGGAAGAGCAGUCAGUGUUCUUAACCACUGAGCCAUCUCUCCAGCCCUGUUUGUUCUUAUGAUGCUUUUUAGGGAAUCCAAGCCUUUGUGAAUGGUAGGCAAGUACUCUACCACUGAGCUAUAUCCCCAGCUUCAACUUGCAGCUCCUUGUCUGCACCCCACAUCUGAUUCCAUGUUCUAGAAGCUUCAGAGCUCCUAGGUACCUUCCUUCAGAAUUAUCCUUCUGAGGCAGUGUGGCCAGUGGGCUUCCUGUAUUCGUGUGGUCUUGGGUCAGUAGCCCAGAUACCUUGUAGUAUUCCCUGAGCUCUUUGGUAUUCCUGGCUGACAAGAGACACUGAGCCUCACUUUGGCCCCAGCUGGCCUCCUAUGGGCCUUGACUGCCUUACCCGCCCCACCCCCUUCCUCAUACACAGCUGAGGAAGCCCUGGGGCUGUAGAAAAGACUAAUUAACCAAUAAAUCAGCCUUGCUGGGUCCCAAGCUGCCGGCUUCUGCCCUCUCUUCCCACACGUCAAUAAUGUUGAUUAGCUUUGUGGCUGAAGUCUGCACACCCUGACACACCUCCUGUCUGCUGGGUAGCACUCUGUGAAGGGCUCUCCCUAUGAGGAGGCAGCUGCUUGCUGGUCAUUAUGACCUGCCACCUGCCACUGAUCAGUCAGUAGUGAGAAGAAGCUGACAUUAGCCAGGAAAGCAGCUGCUUCCAAGGCCCAGCCAGGCCCCACACCGGGCCUAGUGUCUUCUCCCACCGUUUCGCCAGGAUUCCAGGCUCAGUGGGGUAGGGAGUGUGUCGUUACCUCUGAGUAGCACCCACAGUGGCUGACACUUCUGUGCCUCAUCCAACACUGUCAUACAAGUGGCAGGACGGAGCCGAUUGACUCAGGGUGAGAAGAACGAGAACAGGUAAAGGAGGUGGUCUCCUUGAAGAAGAAUGAGAACAGGUAAAGGAGGUGGUCUCCUUGAAGAAGAACGAGAACAGGUAAAGGAGGUGGUCUCCUUGAGCCCAACUCUAGGCCAUUGGCAGGGCUGCCUGACCCUGGCUAAAGUGAGGGCUCUAGCGCAGACCCUCUCAUCAGCCCCUCCUCCCGCCUUGGGCUGGCAGGGACAGCAUCAUCUAUUAACUCUGAGGUGUGGACCUGGGGAAAAACCACCAAUUAACUACCCCAGCUUUCCUGUUAAUGAACAUCGCCUCCUGGUGUAGGACUCAUUUGUGAGUGGCUGCUGUAAGAUGGUGGGAGGCCAGAGGCUGGGCUGAGAGUGGGUUAAAGAGGCUGAGACUGAUUAUGGAGACAUCUGUCUGGCAACAAGCAAAGUGGCUUAUUGUCAGGGUGAGGCUGGACGGGAAGGAUGGUGCCAGGACGGGGGAGAUGGGUACACUGAGGCUACCUCAGCAUCCGGGGCUCUGGAUGACUGUGGAGCUGGGGCAUGCAGGCACCGGUCUCAGCCUCUGGGCAACUCGGAGCAGCAGUGUAGCUCGGGGAAAGGGGUGGGUUUCUUUUUUUUUUCUUUUCUUUUUUUUUCUUUUUUUUUUCCCGGAGCUGGGGACCGAACCCAGGGCCUUGUGCUUGCUAGGCAAGCGCUCUACCACUGAGCUAAAUCCCCAACCCCAAGGGGUGGGUUUCAAAUUCUGCUGAAUCCCAGUUGGGAGCCCUCUGGGUAGAACUGGAGGUGUUUGAGCUGGGCCCCCACUCCAACUAUGGUCCCCCACUAUCCUAUGGUCCUAGCCUAGCGCCUCCCUGGCCAAACCUACUUUCCUUUGUAGCCUACCCCUCACCCUUUGUGGAGUAUCCUCCCCAAAGAUCAGCCAGACUACCUAGGCUCCUGACCCCAUGACCUCUGACCAUUGUCUUAGUACCAGGUGUGCAUCUUAUCCACCAUGUACACUGUACUGUGAACUCUGGCAAGGAAGAGUGUGAGGCCUCUGCUUCUGAGAACACUGAUCAGUCAGACGGGCAUUCACACAAUGUGCCCGUCUAGCAAGCGCAUCCCACAAGCACCACAAAUACAGGGCUUUUGGAAGCCAGGCAGUGGGGAGAAUGCUAGACUAGCAUCCGACACUUUAUUUCAAUCAAGUCUGCAGGGGAGAUGUAUAUACAUAAUGUGACAACUGCACAUGUUGGCACACAGUAGGCACUCAACACAUACCUCCACCCUCUGUGAGGACAUGGAUCGUGAAGAGGUUCUGGCUUCAGGCAUGGUAGAAAUAAUGAGUCUGAGGUGGAUCUAGCUGCCUGGGUGGGGGAACCUGGCAAACCUGUUUGUUCAGGUGUAGAUGGCAGCAGGAGCAGGCCCACCUCAAACCUGUGAACAUUCGUGGUCUGAGUAGUGCUCCAUCAUGACAGUUUGUGUUCAGAAGGAGUCGGGCCCAGGUGAAGCCACGAGCUUUCCUUCCGGCCCUGCACACAUCGCCCUCCCCCACAUCGGGGCCUCUCCAACAGCCAGCUCUAGAAGCCCAGAGGACUACUGCAGCUGUGUUCCUUCCUGCCCCGUGCCCAGCCCGGCGCCCAGGGCCCACUUGUGCUUUCUGACUCACUCAAGUGUCUGAGACAAGUCUCUGGCUGGCUCUUCAAACUGAUUCAGGGCUAUAGGAAAUAUUGUGGCUGGAAAUAGGACAGGGAAGAUUGUCUGGCCGCCUGACCAGUGUUGAUGAUUAACCUAGAAGCCAACUUCCUUUGGCAAGCCCUCCCUUCACUGUCUGCAUAGCCACUGGGGGAGUUAGCAACAGAUGCAGUGUGGGACCGAACCUGUGGUAACAGGGAUUCAGGACCUCCUUGUUCCUGGAGGCCCAGGCUUCAGGAAUUGAUUGGUCCCUGUUUCCUGGAGAUUCUGGGUUACAUAGCUCUUCAUAUGCAAAGCAGAAGCCCAGUCAGGGGCAAGGAGUCCUUGGUGUGCCCGGCAGCCCAGAGGACCCUGGCAGCCCUUUAUGCCUCUGCUGCCAGGGCACCAGAGCCGGAUUUCCCAAUUUCUCUUAGUGUGGAUUUUUCCCCAGCA